AAUGGAUUCUUCAAUUAGUAAUAUUAUGGUAGAUAAUCAGGAAAAUGAUACUUUGUGUACAAAAUAUGGGGAACUUCUUAUAUGGACUCCAAAAACAAAAGAUGAGAUCAAAUUAAAAAAUCAAUCAUAAAUCCAUAGAAAAGAGUUAAGUUAAGUUGGUUCUUUGGCAACUACUAAGGAAUGGACUAAAACUUUAUUGCACACUAGUACAUUGAUUAGUAAAGAAGCAUACGUCAGGUCACUGAACUCAAUGGAAGCUUUUUAUGAAAAAAGAGAAAAAGAGUCUGUUGAUAAUCAAACUAAGAGUCUUUCACCUGUAAAACAUUAAUUUGAAGAAAUAUCAGACUAUACUUUCAAAUUAUAGGAUGGUAUAAAGAAAGUGAGAUUUAGAUUAAAUUCAGAUUAUCAAGCAUGAC